AUGACAUCAAUACUAUCGCAGCCAUCCACGAGUCGAGCGGGUGCUCUUCUAGCGAUGUCAAUAGCGAGGCCCCUUCCUCUUCUUCUAGCUUCACGUAUACCGCUUCCAUCGCAAAGGCAACUGAGCACAUCGCGUCCUCAUAAAAUAAGUCACUUUGACACUUACUUGUUUGUGGAGAAGUUAGAGAAGAACGGAAUGACGCGUAAACAGUCUGAAGGGGUGAUGAGUGUAUUAGCUGAAGUGGUGGAAGAAAGCAUAAAAGGAAUGGAAAGUGGUUUAGUCAGUAAAGCCGAGCAAGAAAAGCAACGGUACACUGAGAAAGUAGAUUUCGCUCGACUGAAAUCCGAAUUACAAUUACACGAGAAGAAUGAUCUAUCGUUAAUGAAAGCAGAGAAUGAUCGAUUAAUGGCAGAUGUUGAAAAGUUGAAACAGAGAUUACGUGAAGAAGUCACAAGAACACAAGCAGGUGUUAGAUUAGAUCUGAAUUUGGAAAAAGGUAGAAUAAGAGAUGAAUCAAGUCAACAAGAAUUGAAAAUAAAAGAGGUUGAUACUAGAAUAGAAAGUGAAAUAGCAGGUCUAAGGACUCAAAUUGAACAAGCUAAAUUCAGUAUAUUACAAUACCUUGUUGGUGUGGCUACUGGUUCAGGUGCUUUAUUGCUCGCAUACAUGAGAAUGAUGAGAUAG